AUGUCAGACCAAACCCUUUUGAGUAGUCUCUGCAGUGUAUGCAACAUUCAUGAAUCGAAAUACAAGUGUCCAGGUUGUUCUGCGCGCACAUGCUCGCUACCAUGUGUCAAGCGACACAAGCAGUGGGCGCAAUGCUCAGGCAGACGAGAUCCUACGAAAUUCAUGAAGAAGUCCGAACUGGCUACACCUGCAGGUAUCGAUCAUGAUUACAAUUUCCUGUCUGGUAUCGAACGUGAUCUUGAGAAGUCGGAUAAGACGGUGUCAGAGAGAGGCCUCGAUGUUGGCCUCAGCUCCAGGCUCAGGGGUGACCAAAGCCAAAAGAUGGAUUAUCAGUUUUCCAAUGCUGGUGUUAAGGUAAUUCGGGCGCCCAAGGGCAUGAGCAGAGCGAAAGAGAACAAAACACAUCGGUCGAAGUCGGGCAACAGGAACAUCAUCUGGACGGUCGAGUGGAUCGGAGUGGAUAAGAGGCGCACGCUCACGCAAAGCUCUGCUGUAGAGCCAAUCUACAGGACACACCCGCUGUUCGAGAGCCCAACAUCGAAGAAGAAACGGAAGAGAGAGGCCGAGGCUGAAUCAAUCUCAAGGCCUGAACAUCUUCAGGGUAGUUCAGAGCCAACGGUAACACGAGUCGGAUCGUCCGCGAUUGAAUCGAAUGUGGAAGUGCCGGGUCCAGCAACUUCGACUUCGGUCCCUCUAGCAGCACCGGAGCAAGACGCAGGGGGAGCAGACGCAAAAAUACCCCAGCCAGAUUCUGCACAGCCUGAAGCAUUAAUAGACAGAAGACAUAUCUUCUAUCUUCUGCGGCCAAGGACGAGUUCGAGUCGACGCGUUCUCAUUCCUCUGACAUCCUCUGACACACUUGGUGAUGCUUUACGGGGGCAGAUAGUGGAAGAAUUUCCAACAGUAUACUACUUCCCUGCAGAAACACCAGAACUGCCUUCGGAGUUCAUGCUAGAUGAAGAGUACCGCAAGGAAGAGGGUGAACAGCAAAGAGAGUUUGAGGAGCUAAUGAAGGACGUCGACCCUGAAAUACUGAGGAGACUCAAAGACGACGGAACGAAUAGUAAGGUUGAUGAAGAGGUGGAUAGCAAGAGGAUACUCGAUGUGUUGAAGCAAGACCUGGGCGGCCUGUGA